AUGCUCCAGACAGUAUGGUUCCAGGGCUUCAGCAGGAACCUGUCAUUUCAGGAGCCAGUGAUCUUCGAGGACGUGGCUGUGUACUUUACCCAGAAUGAAUGGGCCAGCCUGGACUCUAUGCAGAGGGCCCUGUACAAGGAGGUGAUGCUGGAGAAUUAUGCAAAUGUGGCUUCCUUGCGUAAUGGGGACUCCACUGCAAGGGGCCUUCCUCUGGGCACAGAGAGAAGCGAGAAGGUUCCUGGUGCCCACCUCCAGUCUUCCAGUUCCCUGGAGGAGACCUUGGUCCCAUCUCCUAUGUCAUUUCCAGUUCUCAAACCAGAUCUGAUUUUCCAGCUGGAGCAAGGAGAAGCACCAUGGGUCCCGGAUCCCUGGAUGUCUGCUGGGGGAGAGGCCCUGAGAGGCAUGUGCACCGGUGGUAAAACCAAGACUAAGAAGGAGGAACAAGCUCCACAACUGAACAUUUCUAAAGGAUCAGAGUCUCACGGACUGCCAGCGGAGGGGCUGCUGAUGGACAGUCCCCAGCACCCUCACUUCAGGGACAGGUUAGAGAAUUCACAGCUGUGUGACACAGAGAAGAAAACAAACUUAAAGAAAGGAGAUUGCAUAGAUUUGAUAGUCCAGGAUCCCACAGAGAAGAAAAUAAACUUAAAGAAAGGAGAUUGCACAGAUUUAAUAGUCCAGGAUCCUAAAUCCUCCACUGUUAAAAGAGAGGUGAUAGCUAGGAAAUUGGAAGAAAGCAGUAGUGUCAGCACACAUCUCAUUACAAAGCAGGGCCUUCCUAGAGAACAGGUGUUCUAUAAAUGUGGUCAGUGUGGUAGUUACUACAACCCCCAAUCAGACCUUCACCAGCAUCAGAGAAUUCAUACUGAUAAAAAGACCUACAAAUGCAAAGAAUGUGGGAAAACCUUCAGAUAUAACUCAAAACUGUCACGGCAUCAGAAAAUUCACACUGGGGAAAAACCGUAUUCGUGUGAGGAAUGUGGGCAAGCCUUCAGUCAAAAUUCCCACCUUAUUCAACAUCAGAAACUCCAUGGUGGAGAGAGGCCCUAUGAGUGUACAGAGUGUGGGAAAACCUUCAGCUAUAAUUCAAAACUGGUAAGGCAUCAGAGAAUCCACACGGGGGAGAAGCCCUUUAAAUGUAAGGAAUGUGGGAAGGCCUUCAGAUGUCGCUAUGACUGCAUCAUCCAUGAGCGAAUUCACACUGGGGAGAAACCCUAUGAAUGUAAGGAGUGUGGAAAAAGUUUCAGUUCUAAUUCAGUCCUGAUUCAGCAUCAGAGAAUCCACACUGGAGAGAAACCUUAUGAAUGUAAAGAGUGUGGCAAGGCCUUUCGCCGCAGUUCGGUAUUUCUUCAGCACCAGAGGUUCCACACUGGGGAAAAACUUUACAAGUGUAAUGAAUGCUGGAAAACUUUCACUUGUAGCUCCCACUUCCUAGUGCAUCAGAGAAUCCACACUGGAGAGAGACCUUAUGAAUGCCAGGAGUGUGGGAAGACAUUCAAUCAGAAAAUCACCCUGGUUCAGCAUCAGCGAGUUCACACAGGGGAGAAACCUUAUGAGUGUAAGGAGUGUGGGAAAGCCUUCAAAUGGAGUGCAAGUUUCAUUCAGCAUCAGAAGUUGCAUACCAGGAAGAAACUUGUCGAAGUUACAGGGCCAUCUGCAGUGCUCUCCCCUCUGCCUCCCCACAGUGCGUGCUCUGCCUCAGCCCCACCAGAGCCUCUCCCAUCUUCUCCAUGUGCCAAACUGCUUCCUCCCUCUGUGCCUCUCUUCCUGCUGCUCUCUUCACCUGAAAUGGCCAGCUCUUCACCCGUCCAAAUAGUACAUUUCUUUCAGGAUCUUGCUUCGUCUGUGAAGUCAUCUCCUUGUAGUCUGAAUCCUUUGUCUCACUCCCUGUGA